AUGCUGUGCUGUAUGAGAAGAACCAAACAGGUUGAAAAGAAUGAUGAGGACCAAAAGAUCGAACAAGAUGGCAUCAAACCAGAAGAUAAAGCUCAUAAGGCCGCAACCAAAAUCCAGGCUAGCUUCCGUGGACACAUAACAAGGAAAAAGCUCAAAGGAGAGAAGAAGGGCGACGCUCAAGCUGCUGAGGCCGAGAUGAAUGAGAAGAAGGAUGACGCUCCUGCUGCUGAUGGCGCCGAGAAGAAGGAGGGAGAAGGUCCCACUGCCACUGAAGCGGCCACUGGCCCCAAGCCUGAGGAGGCCGGUAAAGCAGGAGAAGCUCCCUCUGAGGAGAAGAAGGGGGAGGGCGCCUCGGAUGCUGCAGCAGAGCAGGCAGCUCCCCAGGCUCCUGCCCCCUCAGAGGAGAAGGCCGGCCCUGCUGAGACAGAAAGUGCCACUAAAGCUUCCACUGACAACUCGCCGUCCUCCAAGGCGGAAGAUGCCCCAGCCAAGGAGGAGCCUAAACAAGCCGAUGUGCCUGCUGCUGUCACUGCUGCUGCUGCCACCACCCCUGCUGCAGAGGAUGCUGCCACCAAGGCAACAACCCAGCCUCCCACGGAGGCUUCGGAGGGCAGCCAAGCCGAGGACAAGAUAGAAGCUGCAGAUGAAACCAAACCUAAGGAAAGUGCUCGGCAGGAUGAGGGUAAAGGAGAAGAACUGGAGGCGGACCAAGAACAUGCCUGA